AUGGAGCACCGACCUCCGCGCUUCGGGGGCCCCUCCACAUCUCCCCGCAUGGAUCGCGUGGAGGGCCCAACCACGCAGGUGCUGCAGUGCGGAGGUGUCCUGGUGUACCAGCUCCUCUGUGGGCGGGAGCUCGCCGCUGACGACCCCAUGGCGCGCCAGCUAGCCAACUACGUAUACCUCGUCGUCAACACGCACGAUCGCACUGCCAUCGCCGUCGACGCGGCGUGGGACGUGGAGGGGCUUUACGGGCUUGCCUCGGCGCUCGGGGUCACGAUCCGCGGCGCCAUCUACACCCACGGCCACUUCGACCACUGCGGAGGCGAGCUGCCCCCCUUCAUGACCCGUGGCCGCCGCGUCUCGAAGCCAGGCGCGAGGGACAUUGAGGUCCGCGGGGGUCGAGUGUGGGCGGGCCCGGGCGACGGCUCCCAGAUGACGGGGCAGUGCCAACUGAGCCGGCAGCCGCUAGAGGUGGGCGACGGGGACGUGCUCGACUGCGGCGACCUCGUGCUGCACGCGACCGGGCGAGCCAGGGGGGGCGGUGCGGGGAAGCCGGGGGCGGCCUCGGAGUCUGCCGACCCGCGCCUCAAGAUGUUUGGGGACGCGAUGGGGGAGACCCUCACCAGGUGCGAGGCUGGGCUGCUGAUCACGGGAGACACCGUGUUCGUCGGCAGCUGCGGGCGCACCGACCUCCCCGGGUCGGACCAGGAGCAGAUGUUCGCGUCCCUCUCGCGCCUCAGCAAGCUCGACCCGUCCGUGUUGGUCUUGCCGGGGCACAACUAUUCCGAGCUGCCGUUCAACUCCGUGGGGGCGGAGCGGGCGCAGAACCAGAUGAUGAGGAUGGGCAUGUCGCAGAAGCCUUCCCCGCCCAGGCUGCCUCCCUGUGUGCUGUGUGACAACCGGGGAGCGUGUGGACCCAAGGGCCUCAAGAUCGGGCGCAAGGUGCGGAUCAAGGGCCUCACCUCCGACGCAGGGAGGAAGUUGAACGGGCAGCCCGGCGUCGUGACUGGCUUUGCCAGCGACAAGGGUCGCUACGCAGUGAGGCUCAUCUCGCGGCCCGAGGUGAAGUGCCUUCAGCCAGACAACGUGGAGUCGGUCCCGAGCGGCGAAACCUGUGAUGCCCCCGAGCCCGAGCAGAAGGAGGCUCAGGCCCCGCCAACGCCGCGCGAGUUUGUGGAUGCGGCGAUAGCCCUCAUCGACAAUGCCACGUCGGAUGAGAAGGUUCGAAUGAGCCGCCUCGAGGGACCGCUCGAUUGGGGCAGCAGGGACCCCCGCUGGAUUCUGCUGACCACGCGGCUCCUGAACGGGGGCAAUGCACGAGCUGCGUUCGGCGUCGCGCUGCCAGAAGUCAUAUCACUUCUUACUCAAGAGUUCGAUCCGAAGUGGAGGACAAUGGUGUCAGAGUUUCUCGUAAGUGAGCUGUGA